AUGACGAUGAACGACUUUGAGCUCGAGCGCCAGCGGCGCAUCGAGGCUAACCGCCUACGAAUGCUCGAGAUGGGCAUCGGCGCCAUGGCGUCCAAGAUUCAGGCGCCCGCGCCCGUGCCCGCGCCCAAGCGCAAGCCGAGGGUCAAGGCGUUCGUCCCGCAGGAGAGCCGCCGCAGGAGCACCCGCGAGCGCGUCGAGGUCAACUACGCCGAGCGCUACGGCCUCGAGGACGCCAGCGACGACGACCUCGCAGCCGCGCGCAGGGCGUCGCGCAAAUCCGCACAAAUCCUCGGCAAGCGCAAGGCUGAGCUCGUCUCGAUGUCCGACGGCGACCACGCGCGCGUGCGAUACAGCGUCGGCCGCAGGGUGUACGACUCGGAGCUCGGCACCACGUGCCACUGGUGCCGCCAGAAGACGGUCGAGACCCACGUCACGGUGCGCCGACCCGACCAGACGCAUCCAAUCGAUCGAACCGUCAUCCCCCCACCCCCGCUCACCCCCGCUCACCCCCCCCCCUUAAUCCGCCACGCGCAGUGCACCGCCGAGGGAUGCGGCCGCGGGCGCAUGCCGGUCUCCUUCUGCGGCAUGUGCCUCCGCAACCGCCACGGCGAGGACAUCGACGCCGCGGUAGCGUCCGGCGCGUGGGUCUGCCCGCGAUGCCGCGGGUCCUGCGGCGAAGGCUGCGUGACGUGCUGCAACUGCGGCCCGUGCCGCAAGGCCAAGGGGUUGGCCCCGACGCACCAGGUGAUCAACCUCGCGCGCGCCUCCGGGUUCGACAACGUCCACGACUACCUCGUGCACGGCGUCACCGGCGCCACUCCCGCGCAGUUGCUCCAACGCAAGACGUCCUUCGCGUGGGGUCGAUGGCUGUUGAACGAUUUCACUCCGGCGACGCCGACGGAAUCUGACGGGGCCCCGGGCGUCGUCCGCGAAUCGGGUGAUGACACGUCGGCGGGUGGUGACACGUCGGCAUCGUCCGACGACGACGACGACGCCCUCGAUGCCUUCGACGACGAGCCCUGCCUCGCGUGCGCCGGCGUCGACCGUCCCGGAGAUUUCGUCCUCUGCGACGGGUGCCCCCGGGGCGGUCACUACGACUGCCUCGGCCUCGACGGCGUCCCCGCGGGCGACUGGUUCUGCGCCGGCUGCGCGCGCGAGCCGAACGCCGCCGCGGUGGUCGCCGAGAAGACGACGACGACGACGACGACGCCGGCGACGACGCCGAAGCGCGGCCCCGGCAGACCGAGAAAGCGGCCGCGUGAUGGUGACUCACCGGGCGGUGACUCACCGCACGUUCCCGCGACGCCCUCCCCGACGAAACGUGGCCCCGGUCGACCCCGUAAACACCCGGCGACGCCUCCCGCGUCCUCCCCCUCACCUUCCCCGGUCCCGGCGGCGAGGGGAACGAGCGCGGCGACAACGGAGGUUAAGAGGAUCCAGCUGGACAUCCGCGACGCGUUUUCGUCGGCAAGUCGGUCGGUCCGCGCGGCUCGGCCCAAGCCCGGCGCGAUGGCGCUGCCCGUCAGGGAGUACAGGCGCCGCGCGGCCGCGUGA